UUGGCCUCCAAAAGUGCUGGGAUUACUGAUGUGAGCCACUGCACCCAGGCUAGAGUACACUUUUGAUAAAUAUUUUUGAUUACGUAGAAUAAUUUUACGGUGAGUUCAAAGUAGGCUUUUGCAGUUUUUAUUGUGGACAUGUAUUUAUACUGUUAGUUUCAGGAUAUCUUUACUUAUCAUCUCCUGUGUUUUUAAUCAUAAUGUUUCCUUUUCAAACAACACAUUAUGAUGAAAGAUCAGUUUUCAAUGAAAUCAUUUAUAAGUAUGUACUAGCUACUGCAACUUCGGGGUUUGGAAAGGAAAAAUUAAAGUGCGCUAUGUUUACAUGUUGGAAACAUGUUGGAAAAAUCAGUCUAGGAUUGGAAGAAGGUGGGAAGAUUUAGGAGUAAUUGUUAAUGGGUACAAGAUUUCUUCUUAGAGUGAGAAAAUGUUCUAAAAUUAUUUGUGGUGAUGGGUACACAAGUAUGAUUAUACCUAAAAUCAUUGAAUCAUACACUUUAACUGGAUAAAUGAAAGGCUUUUAUAUUGGAAAGGAAAUAGUAAAACUGUAUCUGUUUGUAGAUAACAUGAUCUUAUAUAAAAAACAAAAAUCUUAAGGAGUCCCCUAAAAAUCUAUUAGAGGUAAUAAAUGACUUUUCACACUACCCACAUAGGGGUCCAUAUGGCGUUCUGGAUUCCCAUCAUAGCUUAAAGCAAAGCUUUUCACCAUGUCUGGAGCCCUUGAUGUCCUUCAAAUGAAGGAGGAGGAUGUCCUGCAAAUGAAGGAGGAGGAUGUCCUUAAGUUCCUUGCAGCAGGAACCCACUUAGGUGGUACCAAUCUUGGCUUCCAGAUGGAACAGUACAUCUCUAUGAGGAAAAGUGAUGGCAUCCACAUCAUAAAUCUGAAGAGGACCUGGGAGAAGCUUUUGCUGGCAGCUCGUGCCAUUGUUGUCAAUGAAAACCCUGCUGAUGUCAGUGUUAGAUUAUCCUCCAGGAAUAUUGGCCAGAGGGCUGUGCUGAAGUUUGCUGCUGCCACUGGAGCCACUCCAGUUGCUGGCCACUUCACUCCUGGAAUCUUCACUAACCACAUCCAGGCAGCCUUCCAGGAGCCACGGCUUCUUGUGGUUACUAACCCCAGGGCUGACAACCAACCUGUCACAGAGGCAUGUUAUGUUAACCUAUCUACCACUGAUUUGUGUAACACAGAUUCUCCUCUGCACUAUGUGGACAUUGCCAUUCCAUGCAACAAAAAGGGAGCUCACUCAGUGGGUUUGCUGUGGUGGAUGCCGGCCCAGGAAGUUUUGCACGUGUGUAGCACCAUUUCCCAUGAACACCCAUGGAAGUUCAUGCCUGAUCUCUACAGAGAUCCUGAAGAGAUUGAAAAAGCAGAGCAGACUGCUGCUGAAAAGGCUGUGACAAAGGAGGAAUUUCAGGGUGAAUGGACUGCUUCAGCUCCUGAGUUAACUGCUGCUCAGCCUGAGGUUGCAGACUGGUCUGAAGGUGUGCAGGUAUCCUCUGCACCUAUUCAUCAGUUCCCUACUGAAGACUGGAGCGCUCAGCCUGCCACAGAAGGCUGGUCCGCAGCUCCCAGUGCUCAGGCCAUUGAAUGGGUAGGAGCAACCACUGAAAGAUCUUAAGCUGUUCUUGCACACACUCUUAAGCAACAUGGAAAUAAGGUUGAUGGAAAAUAAACAUCAGUUUCUUAAAAAAAAAAAAAAAACAAGUAAUGCAUUCAGCUAGGUUGACAGAUAAAAUACCAAGAUAGAAAAAUCUAUUGGAUUUUUGCACAGUAUUAGUGGACAAACUGAAAAUGAAGUUAUGAAACAAUUUCAUUUAAGUAUCUUAAAAAGAAAUAAUGUACUUAAGUAUAAAUAUAACAACAGAAGUGUGAAACUUAUACUCUAAAAACUACAUAACAUUGAAAGACAUUAAAGGAAACUAAAUGGAAAGACAUUAAAUGUUGAUAUUUUGAAAAGAUUUAAUAUUUUUAGGAUGGCAGUUCUCCCCUAAAUUGAUCUAAAAUAAAUUUAAAUUUCCUACUAAAAUCACAGCUAAAUUCUUUGCACAAUUUGACAAGCUGCUCUUAAAAUUAAUAUGGAAAUUCAAGGGACCCAGUAUAGCCAAAACAAUCUUGAAAAAGACCAAAAUUGUGUUUCUCACUUCCCAAUUAAAAAACGUAUGAUGAAGCCAUACCAAUAUGUAGUUCUGGCAUAAUGAUAGACAUAUCUAUUAAUGGUAUAGAAUUGAGAACAGAAAUAAACCUUCACAUUUAUGGUAACCUGUCUUUCUAUAAGUGUGCCAUGGCAUAAAGAAUAGUCUUUUCAAUGAAGGGUACUAGAACACCUGCCCAUCCAUAUGGAAAAAAAAAGAAACCGGACCCCUAUCUCAUAUGUAAAAAUUAACUCAAAAUGAAUUAAAGACUUAGCUGUAAGAAUUAAAACUGCAACCAUUAGAAGAAGACAUAGGGAUACAUGUUUAUGACCGAGCAUAGGAUAUGGGCUGGCAAAUGAUUCUUAGAUAGGUCAUGUGCAUGAGCAAUAAGAGAAAAGAAUACAUAAAUUAGAUUUUGUCAAGUUUUGAAACUUUUGUGCUUUAAAGGACACCAUCAAGAAAGUGAAAAGACAACCCACAGAAUGGGAGAAAAUUGCACUCACAUAUCUAUUUUAUCUUGAAUAUAUAAAGAAUUAUUUAGACCCAAUAAUGAUGAAAAGACAAAUAACUCACUUUUAAAAAUGGGCAGAAUAUCUGAAUAGGCAGUUUCCCAAAAGAAGAUAUACAAAUGACUAAGGAGCACAUAAAAAGAUUCUCAACAUAAUUAGCUGUCAGGUAUAUUAAAAUCAAAACUACAAUGAGAUACCGUUUCACUCCUGCUAGGAUGAUGGGUAUAAUCAGAAGAACAGAAGUUUUGGCAAGGAUUUGGAGAACCCUAAGCCAUUGCUGGUAGGAAUGUUAAAUGGUGUAGCCUUUUUGGAAAAGAAUCUUGCAAUUCCUUAAAUAUUUGAACAUAGAGUUGCCAUAUACAGUAAUUCUGCUCCUAGGUAUAUACACAAGACAAAUGAAAAUGUUUGCACAAAUGUUUAUAGCAGCAUUAUGUAUAAUAGCCUAAACAUGUAAACACCCCAAGUGUGUUACUAACUGAUAAAUGAAUAAACAAAAUUUGGAAUAUCCAUACAAUAGAAUAUCAUUUGACAAAAAAGAAAUGCAGUACUGAUACAUGUUACAACAUGGGCAAAUUUUGAAAAUAUCAUGCUAAAUGAAAGAAGCCAGUCAUAAAAGCACACAUGUUUUAUGAUUCUUGUGUCUGAGAAGUGGCCUGAACAUGCAUAUUUUUAGAGACAGAAAAUAGUGUUUGCCUAGGACUUGUGAGGAUGAGAUUUUUGCCCGUGGUGACUCAAGAGUGAACUGGUUUUUUUGGGGGGUGUUGAAAAAUGUUCUAAAAUUGAUGUGGUGAUGCCUGUACAACUCGAAAUAUACUAAACAGCAUUGAACUGUACACUUCAAAGGGAUGAAUUGUGUAGUAUGUGAAUUAUGUCUUAAGAAGCUGAUAAAUAAAGAAUAUAUAUUUAUUGGGCUGUUUUACCCUUCAAAUGGAUUUUACCCAUAUGUGAUAUUUUUUACCAUGAUACAUUGAUCAUUUGCAGAGUUUUUGUUCCUUAAAUUAUGCAUAUCCUACAAAUGUAAAAUGUCUCAUUUGUCAAUAUCACUACUAAACAAGAAAAUAGUCUGUAAGCAUUGGGAACCUCGCUGGUGGAUAUGAGUUUUACAUGAUCAUAAUUUUCAGAGACCCAGGGAGAAUUAUCUCCCAUUCUUUGGUUAGUUUUCCAUACACUGUUGCCUAAUUGUCUUUCUGAAAUACAGAUUUAUCAUGUAACUCUCUGAUCCCAGCCUGCUUGUCAUUGUCAUGCACAGUUAGUCCUUCAUAAAAUAUGCCAUUAUGGGCCCCAUCUUUUACUAAAUUCAGAGAAAGCCUGCCCAUGUCUCUGUAUUUUUGUGCGUAUGAGUUUCUCUAUUUAUAAUUCACUUUAGUUUAUUUUUCUUGUUUUCAGCCUGGUAAAAUCUUCAAACUUCAAGAACCAGCACAUCUGUCAUUUACUCUUUGACCUUUUCAUUAUGCCCCAUAUUCUUUGGUGCUUUCCAAGUAUUUUGUUCGUACCUUUGUUAUAACACUGCUUGUAUUUUGUUUUCAUGCUUACUCCUCCACUAGAGCUAUGAACUUCUGAUGACUUUAUUUGUGCUUGUAUUGCCUCACAGAGUACUUUUAGAUAUAGUAAGAGUCUCUUGGAUUAACAAGUGCCUAAUUUUAUUGUGGGUGCUCAGAAAUACUUUUAUUUUGAUGAUGUUAUAAUUGAGGUAUGAAUCAGACUCCCCUUACACUUUCUGCAUAUAAAUCUUUUUUGUAAAAGAACUCUAUUCAUUUUAAUUAUCCUAUGAAAACUUAAUUACCAAUAUUGUUUGUAGAUGUCUGUUGCCAGAUUUUUUAAAAAAUGAUGCAUUACCAUCCCCAUAAGUGAUAUUGCCUUUUGCUUUUUUUCAUAUAAAAAUGACAACUUUGCCUGUCAAAUUAUAAAAAAUGGUUUCUCAUUAUUUUCAUUUGCCAUUCUUCUAGAGAAUAUAUAUGUUUCUUGUUUGUUAGUGUUUAUAUCAUUGCUCUUUUAAAAAAAUUGUAGUUAUGCAAGAAUGGGUGUAGGCAGGCUAAAAUAUGGACUCUCCAGAAAUGUGGAUAUGCCUGGGAAAUUGUCAUUUGAUUCACCUGUCUUCACAAUGAGCAUUUUGGACCAUGAUACAGUUGUUAGUACCUAUUUCCACUUGGCCGAUAGGCAGGCUCAAAGCUGUAGUCUCUUAUUAGAGUCAAACAAGGGAGGCCGGAAUGGCAAGAGCCAUUUUUUUUUUUUAACUGCUGGUGCUACCUCAGCAGCACCAGGACAGUGGCAAAGGGGGCUUCUUCAAAGAUUUUAUGGUAUCUCUACUUUAUGUCAAAGUCUAAGCUAUCAGUAUUUUUCUUUGUAGUAUUCAGUGUAUGUGCCAUAGUUAGGAAAUCUUUGUCUUAGUUAUUAAAAUAAGUGGUUGAAUUUUCUAAUACCUUUAUGAGUUCUGUUUUGUUUUGGUUUGUUUUUUCAUUUGUAUGGGGUUUUUGUUGUUGCUGCUGCUGCUGUUGUUUUUACACUUUUGGUUAAAGAUUUUUUGGUUAAAGUGUGACAGGAGAAACUUUUCUUUUUUUCCCUGAAAAUGGUUCUAUUUUUAUGCCAGCUUAAUGUACUAAUUCCCUCAUUUCCAUCUAAAAAAAAAAUCACCUUUAUUUUAAUACUGUAUUGCCAUAGGUAUUUGGUCUGUGUAUGCACUCUGUAUUUUUUCUUUUGAGCUCUGUAUUAGUACCAAAUUGUUUCAAAAGCAAUUAACAAAUAAUACAUUUUAAUACCUCGUAGUAAACUGCUCCCUUAAUCCCAUCAUUAUUACUCAUCUAUUUCAGAAGGUAGGUACUUUCUUAUUAUUCUUCCACGUGAAUUUAAAAAUCAUAUUGAUAUUUUCAAAAUAUCACACUGGACUUUGUAGGUUCUUUGGGAAGAAAUAACAUUUUUAGGGUAAAUUUUUGUUUUUUUAAUCAUAUAUCAAGAUUUUCAUUUUAAUUUUUUAUUUCAUAGCUUUUUAUUAUCAAAAAUUUCAAACAUACACAGAGAAAGAAUAAUAGGUAUAAUGAACUCCAUGUUCCUGUUAUCCAGCUAUCUAGCUUCAGUAAUUAUUUACAGUUGCCAAACUUGAUUUAAGUACCUCUCCUAUGAAACAAGUCCCAGAUGUCUUAUUUCAUCCUCAAAUUCUCCAGAUUGCCUGA